AUGAAACUCCCGCGAAGCUUGCAACAAGGAACCAAAACAAGUGGGAGAUAUCAUGUGUCUUCUGGGGUCAAAGCUACCCUAGGGUAUGUUCCCUCUAAAACCUGUCGAUGGCCCGAAUCCAUGAUACCUGCUUCCCAUCACUUGUUUUUUCUGGUUUUUUUCUUGUUUCAUUUUGCCGGUAAUGUCGUCACGUAGUGAGGUAGGUGUUACGGCGUCGACUGAAUCCAUCCCCAUUUCUUCCAUUCCCGGACCACGUGCUCGGUGUCGCAACCAACACUCAGCCACCUUCCUCACUCGGACCGAUCCACGCCGAGCACACAGCAAAGAACUGAUGAGAGCUCAGAGUAGGAGGAGACAGUCAAUGCUCUCUCUCGACCAUCCUAAUCCCGGACCAACCCCAUCCGCCCGCUCUCGCAGGAAAAGACGCGCGACAUCCGCGCCAACCAAUUUCCGCCAGCACCCAACUCCGGAGAACCGUCCCACACCGAAUGCCCUAGCGAACGGCAGGAAAGGGGGGGUAUCUGAUGAUAAGAGACCUGAACCAGUAUCCUCAACGCAGCAGCCAAGUGAGUCGAUGGCCCGCUCCAUACCAGAGAUGUCGGAAAGAGAAAACGACAUAGACCCAAAAGACAUGGAUGGCUCCCUAGCCGGUAUGGCAGAUAAAAAGGGAAAAACGUAUGCGUUCGUCCCUCCUCUCCCUCCAUUCUCGCACCCAGUCUCGCCCAAAUGCCGAUGCCCGUUUCUUCGCGCCAUAUCCCAACCCCCCGAAACCGUCUAUCGCGAACCACACCAUAAGCUGCAGUGUAUCCUCAUCCCCGCCAACUGAUUAUCCAUUCGAUGCGCGAUCCCCAAUAGAGAGGAGAGAGAGCUGAACCAAGUAUCAGAACAGCGGGGUGGCUGUAGUAUCAAUGGACCAGAA